CGCCACGGGAACGAAAAAUUUUAUCGCCCCGCCAAUUACGAACGCGGCGAUUACCUAUCGCUUUGUUUUAUUAGUUUAGGUAAUUUUACGGUACUUAUCGGUUAUCGCGACUACCUAACAAAAAAUAUAACCGCCCGAAGAAGUAUUAAAAAUUCAGAAAAAAGUCAAAAAUGUGACUGCGCGUGUUUCGGCAUUCGUCGCUACGCUCCUCGGCGCCGUCGCUAUGCUCCGCACAAAUCGAAAAUAUCCCUCGACUUACUAUGCAACGCCACCUUAAGUAGGUCACAGGGUAAAUUAUGUCGUAGGAUAUCGGCGGUAAUCGCCGCGUUCGUAAUUGGCGGGACGAUAAAAAUUUUCGUUCCCGUGGCGGGGCGAUAACAGACCAGUACCCAUUAUUAAUUUAAGUACAGAUAAUUCCUUUAAGUUGUAUAUACGUAGGUAUAAUCUAUUUAACAUAUUUAAAUCAUUUAAGUCCAACUACAAAAUACACUAUUAACGUUUCUCAAAGCAACAUACACUUGAAAUACUCAUAUGAUUUUUACAUAUUAUAUUAUGUAUAGGUAUUUUUAUAAUAUAUAAUCAUAACUCAUGUACACGAACAUUUUGCUGUUAGGUGCAAGUGUCUUCUAGAAACACUUUUACUAAUAUUUCUAUAUAGACGAACAAGCUAAGACUGUUGAACCUGGAUUGUAUAAUGUAUGGUACCUACAUUGGUAUUGCUUUAGAUCUUGGAGAGUUAAGCCCAGGGCCGGGGCAAGCAAAUUUUUAUAUGUAGGCAAAAAUCAAAAUUGCCGCCUCUUGUUUUAUUAUUUUUUCUUAUACGCCGCCUCUAUACGAAAAUAUAAAUUUUGCCGCCGUAGGCUUGUGCCUGUACGUUGCCUCCGCCUAUAACAGGCCCUGCAGGUAAAAUCACCCACCCACAGUAUGUGUUGCGGUCGCAACCAUUGAAUAUAUAAGGCUCGGCGCCACUGGCACCACUGGUUGACACUGUGGGGCACUAUGGUGGGAUGUCUAUACAAUACUACAAUAGCUGUACAAUGUAACGAUUGUGAAGGUAGCUUCGGACGACAUCUGUACGGCAUUUCCGAUCGCGAAACCCGACGGCGACCACCCUCGACUCUUCGCCUCGCCGCAGUCACCGAGUAACAACGCACGUGAAAACACGUUAUCUCUACGCUCCCGUGUUAGUCGUAUUAAUCUAUUAAAUUCGCGACUCUACAGACCAUCCGUUCGUUUUCAGUUUUUCACUUAGAACGCAACAACAGCGACCGAAAAUGGAUGGAAAACUGCCAAGAGCGAGUCCCUAUGAUAAUGAUUUCCAUCGCCGUAUAAAUGAAUUGAAACGAAAAUUAAGACCAUUCCAUAAUAAACACACUAUUGAGUACUUAAAUCAGAUCGCCAAGUCAUCCAGACCACCUACAAAUAUAGAUAGCGAUGAACAAGAAUCAUCAGAAUCUGCCCGUCAAGAUAUUCAGAGAAGAGUUCAAAACCUGGUGAAAUCUAUUGUUUCUAGACAAGUCCCACCUGAAUGUGAAUGUAGAUUGCCCAAACUCGACAUGUUGGCAGAGCAGUUAUCAAAAAUGGUCAAUCAUCCAGACUUUAUCAAGCCUGCGACGGAAGACAAUAAAAUGAACCAUACUAACGUCAACUCAUCAGCGAUUAUUAAUUGCAACAAAAUGAGUCGUGGUAAUAUCAGUGAGCCAGGUAAUGCGGUCAACGAAAUUAACCAAGUUAAUGAUGGGUUAUCAGCAUAUGAUAACAACAAAGUGAGUGGUAGUAAGACUGAGUCGACAGAAAUUGUAUCAAAGGAAUUGAAAAACGUACAAUUGUAAAUCAAAUCAUAAUAAUCAACAAAAAUAAAUUACUUAAAGAUGUCUCAUCUUAUAUGUCUCUGUCUUACAUACUCUUUUUUGCAUAUUUUUAAUUAUUGUCUAUUGUAUUUUAUAUAAAAUUUACAUGAUGCUCAACUAUGACUUCACAUAAUAUUUUUAUGAAAUACUGUGACAUAUAAUAUGUUGAUAAAAUGUUUUUUAAUGACUGAAUCAAUAAUAAAAAAAUUUGAAAAACCAUAAAAAAA